AUGUUUUCUCCCACCGCUUCUUCAGGUCCUGUGAAUAAUAUUGCUGCUGGGAAUUGGCAAGGAGAUUUAGUCGUCAAAUUACUAUUGAGAGAUAGGCGAGAAAAAGCAUUUAAGGACUUUGUAGAGUCUUACAAUUCUCUCGUCCAGAAACUCGGGAAAUUUGCUGAUAGAAAUGUAGAAUUAGAACUUUCCGAAAAGACAGCAACUGAAAAGAACGUUAGUUUAUCCCGAGAGAUCGAGAUUUUAAGGGAACAAGGGAGCCCAGUAAACCAGAAAAGAACUGCAGAAUUGGAGCAACAGAUUCAAAGCCUUAAAGAUGAACGUGCGGAAUUAUAUAAAACUCAAGGAAUGAAUGCACAACGAUUGUUAGAUGUAAAUGAUGUUUUACGUAACCACGAAGAGACGGCUAAAAAAAACAAAGAAGAAAUUCAAAAGUUAACCGAAGCAAAUCAAACUUUAACAAAUAAAGUUGAUCUUCAGGUCCAAGUCCUUCGUGAGAAGGACGUUACUAUUCAGCUUCUGCAAGAUGAGGUGGCAACUUUACAGUUAGAAUUAGGUAAAAUGGAUGAACGUAUGAAAGACUUGGAAAGAGAAAAUGGGCAACUUUUGCAACGUUGGCUAAAAAAGAUGAAUGAAGAAGCGGAAAGAAUGAACGAAGCAAAUUUGUUUUAUGAAAGUGCAUUAGAAGUUCAUGCCAAAGCAUUAGAACUUCAAAGCGGGGUUGUUAUUGUUGACAAAGAAUUCACUCCGAAACCCAUCACACACACAGAAUCUGGAAUCGGAUCAACAAGAACGAGAAGUAGAUCGUCUGCAGGUCCCGUAAUAAUACCAUUAGCUGUGGCAAAAAAAUUUGUCCCUCAUGAUGGUGAAAUACAUACGAUUCAUUCAUCUGCUGAUGGAACUAUGUUUGCUACGGGUAGUGCAGAUAAGACUAUCAAGAUAUUCGAUGCUACGACAGGACAAACAAAGCAAUCAUUAUCAGGUUCAAUACAAUCCAUCAUGCACGUAUCGUUUAACAGUACUAGCGAGAUGAUUGCUGGAGCAUCAAAUGAUAACGCAGCCAGAUUAUGGCAUUUAAAAACGGGUCGGAUAAGACUUACAUUAACAGGACAUGUAGGAAAAGUUUACUCUUCUCGAUUUAACGGUGAUUCCUCUAAAGUGAUUACUGGAAGUCAUGAUCGAACCAUCAAAGUAUGGGAUUUACAGAAAGGAUAUUGUAUUAGAACGAUUUUCUCAUUCUCUUGUUGUAAUGAUGUAGUUCCUUUAGACGAGGAAGGAACUACUCUUGUGAGCGGUCACCUGGAUAAUAAUUUACGGUUCUGGGAUGUACGAUCAGGGAAAGAUAUUAAGGAAUUGACUGGCAUCCAUUUAGGACAAAUUACCUCUGUUUCCGUAUCUCCAGAUGGAUCCAAAGUGUUAACUAAUUCUCGCGAUAACACAUUGAAAAUAGUUGAUCUAAGGACAUACGAUGUCGAACAAACAUUACAUGCUGAUGGCUAUAAAACUGGAGCCAAUUGGUCUAAAUCUUGUUUUAGUCCUGACGGAAGAUACGUCGCGGCUGGUUCAUUGGGUAAAAAUAAUUUUUUGUUAUUUGACAGUUCUUCAGUAUGUGGUGUAUCUUGGAGUCCCCAGGGAGGCCAAGUGUUUAGUGCCGACAAGGAUCGUACAGUGUGCAUUUGGGCUGGUGGACUAAGAUAG